AACCAUACGUUGAAAAAAUUUUUUUUUUUGUUGGAUUAUAAACCACUGGAAAAAAUUUCGUUUCUAUGUUUUCAAAGGAAUGUGCACAGUGUAGUGAAAAUUUAGGUCCACAAUUCGGUACAAUUAUCUAUGAUGGACUUGUUAAAAAUUUUACAAAUGUCUAUGUAGUGUCAAUUUUUGUUUUAAUAGUUGUGAUUAUGUUUACGAAAUUUUUAUAGAAAAAAAAAUUUUCGCUUUCGUUGCCAAGAUAACGAGGCACGGCCUACAUUGACGUUAGUAAUAAAAUCAAAUUUGAAAAAAAAAAAGAAUUAAAUUACUAGAAAAAUUUUGUGCAAAAAAUAAUUCAGUGCACGAUGAACGGGAAUAAAAUGGAUACGAAAAAUUCGGAAAUUGGACCGUGGACGCCAUUUACAGCCGAAGAAAAGAAUAAUACAUCGUUAAUAAAAAAUAACAAUGAUACAACGUCGUUAACACGUCAUCGAACCACAACUGGUGAUUCGAAAACUCCAAAUAAUUAUGGAGAGCGAAUUAUCACCGAAGAACAGAUAUCCUUAACCAGUAUAUGCGCGGAUGAUUUGAAUAAUUGUCGAAAACCGGAUCCAGACGGUACAUCACCUGAUUGGCCAGUUGAUUCCAAAGAACUUCAAUUAGAAGAUGAUUCUGAUACCAUAUGCGGUUUGGGUCCAUUCCGACCUGAAUGGUUACAAGUUUUUGCAUCGAAACAAGCAUUUUUGGUUGUAUUUUGUAUCACUUGGGUCUUACAAGGAAUGUAUUAUACAUAUUUCGUAAGUGUUAUCACCACUAUCGAGAAACUGUUCCAAAUUCAAUCGAAAACAACUGGUUUAAUUAUGAGUGCCACGGAAAUUGGACAAAUUGGUUCGUCGUUGUUACUCACAUAUUACGGUGGACAUGGGCAUCGUCCCAAAUGGAUUGCAUGGGGAAUGGUUUUAUUCGCCUUCUCAACUUUCACAUGUUCACUACCUCAUUUUAUCUACAAGAAACAAUUAAUUCACGCCAAUGAUAUUUUAUUUAGUGGGGUUGCAUCCACGGUUCCUAGUCCAUAUUCAAACGUAACAAACACAUCUGAUUCAAAAGCUCCAAAUAUAUGUCGACCAAAUAAUCCACAAUCGUUUAAUCAAACCGAUAUUUACUUUACGCAUCCGUAUUUAAACGAUACGUUACGUAAUAUUCCACAAAAUCGUCAAAAUUGUGAAGAUGAUUUCUUAACAGAACAUCAAAUUCAAUCGAAAGUGACUACAAUUGUUCUGGCCAUCUUUUUUAUAUCGUUGUUAGGCGUUGGAAUGGGUCAAACAGCCGUAUACACUUUGGGGAUACCGUAUAUUGACGAUAAUGUGGCUAGCAGAGAAUCACCGUUAUAUUUUGCGAUUACAAUCGGAGUAAGAAUAUUGGGUCCAGCACUUGGAUUUAUGUUAGGAUCGCUGUGUACUCGAUUAUAUGCGGAUUUAUCAAUUGAUCCUCAAAUUAGUCAAACUGAUCCAAGAUGGGUUGGCGCGUGGUGGUUAGGAUUAGUCCUAGUUUCUGGUUUAUUGAUGUUAGCAUCAAUUGCGAUGUUUUCAUUUCCAAAACGAUUAAAAAAGAAACGAAUUGGACAAGUUGAAUCGAUGGCACCAAGAAUUAUCCACAAAGUUCAAGAUCAGGUAAAUAGGAAUCCUAGUCUACGAGAUUUCCCCAAAGCUAUCAAACGAUUGCUCAAAAACGAUAUUCUAAUGUUUCGAACAGCGAGUAGUGUACUUCAUAUUCUUCCAAUUGCGGGAAUUUACACAUUUUUACCAAAAUACUUAGAAUCUCAAUUUCGUUUACCCGCACACACAGCGAAUUUAAUAUCUGGCGUUGGUGGAAUUUUGGUUAUGGGUGUUGGAAUUGUUAUCAGCGGUUUUUAUAUUCUACGAAGAAAACCGAAUGCACGAUUUGUGGCUGCUUGGAUUGCUUUUACAGCGGUUACAUACGCAAUCGGUAUGGGUAUAUUAAUGUUUAUUGGUUGUCCCAUGGAUGAUUUUGCGGGACUGCAACGGGAUGGGGGUGUGACAAUAUUUGAACCAACAUGUGAACCAAAUUGUGCGUGUGAUCGUGAAAAAUUUAGUCCGAUUUGUGGUGAAGAUAAUAAAACAUAUUUCUCGGCAUGCCAUGCUGGAUGUCGGAAUAUUACGUUUGUCGAUGGUAAAAUAACGGAAUUCUUCGACUGUUUAUGUAUGGCGAAUGCAACGGAACAUCAUAGUUUUGAUACUAAUCAUGGAACUUCCACAACGUAUUUCGGAGCUGCGAAAAUUGGUUAUUGCGAUUUUGAGUGUAGUAAUUUUUGGAUAUAUAUAAUUCUGUUCUCGUUUUUCGUUUUUAUACAUUCGACAAGUGAAGUUGGUAGUAUUUUAUUGAUAUUACGAUGUGUGGAUCCGCGUGACAAAGCAAUGGCCUUAGGUUUAAUACAAUUUGCUAUUGGAUUAUUUGGAAAUGUACCAUGUCCGAUUAUUUAUGGUGCUGUGGUUGAUUCAGCGUGCUUAGUGUGGGAAAUGGCGUGUGGCGAAAAAGGUGCAUGUUGGCUCUAUGAUGCUGAUAUAUUCCGAAUGUUUUAUCACGGUAUAACUGGUGCUCUAUUACUAUGCGCAUUUUUCGUAGACAUUAUUGUUUGGUACAAGGCAGGCAGUGUAAAUUUUGCACAUGAUGAAGAUCAAAAUGAUCGCGAUUCACAACGAUCAAAUAAUGUCGAUCGUAAUGUUUGACAGUCAAAAUCGUCCUCAACGAUUGAAGAUCAACAAAUUUCGAUUAAUUAGCAUUCGUGUGAGUGCAAUGCCUUGCAAAAUAUAUAACAAUAUUUUAUAUCCAAUGCAAAACGAAUUAUCUCGAAGAGUUCGUAGCAAGCAAGAUAUGUAGCGAUUUCUAAAAUACUAUUUACUUCCCCAAAAAUCAUAUUUUUGGAUAAUUUUUUAUAUAAAAAAAACACAAAAUUUCUAGUACAAAAACAAAUUUUUUAUAUGAAUCUCCAAAUAAAUU